GCUGUGCGGCCGCCAUGUUGUUGUGGUUGUGAGGAGGCGCUGGCCGCGCAGAGGAGCCAGGCGACCCGGACCCGUCGCUCCCGCCUCAGGCAGGCGGCCGUGCCCCGGGGCGCUCCGCGCCAUGCCCCGUCGCACGCCUGCAAGAGGGUGUUUACCAGUGAUAGCAGCAGCAGAGUUUAAACUGAAGCUGUAGUGACAGCUUUCAAGGUGAAGUGUCAGAAAAACAACAUCUGAAACUUGCUGGGACAAAGAACACUCAUUUGUUACCUAUCACUAUUUGCUUUUAUUAUUACGGAAAGAAGAUCCUCAAAGUGUUGCGAGCAAAGACGAGGAUUUCUCCUCCUAUCCUGGGCCUGUCAUGGAUGAAGAGACUCAGCACAGCCUUGAAUGCAUCCAGGCUAAUCAGAUCUUUCCCAGGAAGCAGCUGAUACGAGAGGAUGAGAAUCUUCAGGUCCCUUUCCUUGAACUUCAUGGUGAGAGCACAGAGUAUGUGGGACGAGCAGAGGAUGCCAUCAUUGCACUUUCUAAUUACAGACUGCACAUCAAAUUCAAGGAGUCUGUUGUGAACGUUCCAUUACAGCUUAUAGAAAGUGUUGAAUGCCGAGAUAUAUUUCAACUUCACUUGACUUGCAAAGACUGCAAAGUUAUCAGGUGUCAGUUCUCUACCUUUGAGCAAUGUCAAGAGUGGCUUAAGAGACUGAACAAUGCCAUUCGCCCUCCUUCGAAGAUAGAGGACCUUUUUUCAUUUGCAUACCAUGCUUGGUGUAUGGAGGUGUAUGCCAGCGAAAAAGAACAGCAUGGGGAUUUGUGCCGGCCAGGGGAGCAUGUAACUUCGAGGUUUAAAAAUGAAGUUGAACGGAUGGGUUUCGAUAUGAACAAUUCCUGGAGGAUAUCCAAUAUCAAUGAGAAAUACAAACUCUGUGGUAGCUACCCACAGGAGCUCAUAGUUCCCGCUUGGAUCACAGACAAGGAGCUGGAGAGUGUGGCAAGUUUUCGGUCCUGGAAACGUAUCCCGGCUGUGGUUUACAGGCACCAGUGUAAUGGGGCAGUAAUUUCCCGUUGUGGACAGCCCGAGGUCAGCUGGUGGGGCUGGAGAAAUGCGGAUGACGAACACCUUGUCCAGUCAGUGGCCAAAGCAUGUGCCUCAGACUCUAGGUCCAAAAGCAGCAAAUUAAUGAAUGGAAACUGUUCCAGAGACUUCUCCAAUGGAGGGGACCUCUCCGAUGUGGAAUUUGAUUCCUCAAUUUCUAAUGCUUCAGGAGCAGAAAGUUUGGCCAUCCAGCCUCAGAAGCUUUUAAUCUUGGAUGCACGUUCUUAUGCAGCUGCUGUGGCUAACAGGGCCAAAGGUGGAGGCUGUGAGUGCCCAGAGUAUUAUCCAAAUUGUGAAGUGGUGUUCAUGGGAAUGGCAAACAUCCAUUCUAUCCGGAAGAGCUUUCAGUCGCUGCGCUUGCUCUGCACACAGAUGCCAGACCCAGGAAAUUGGUUAUCAGCACUGGAAAGUACCAAAUGGCUGCAGCACUUGUCUGUGCUUCUGAAAUCUGCACUAUUGGUAGUGCACGCAGUAGACAGAGACCAGCGACCGGUCUUGGUGCACUGCUCGGAUGGCUGGGACCGAACCCCACAGAUAGUGGCACUGUCCAAACUGCUGCUAGAUCCGUAUUACAGGACCAUAGAGGGUUUCCAGGUGCUAGUGGAGAUGGAAUGGCUGGAUUUUGGCCACAAGUUUGCAGAUCGCUGUGGCCAUGGUGAGAAUUCGGAUGACCUAAAUGAGCGCUGCCCAGUAUUUUUGCAGUGGUUGGACUGCGUCCAUCAGCUCCAGAGGCAGUUCCCCUGCUCUUUCGAGUUUAACGAAGCAUUCCUUGUCAAAUUGGUGCAGCACACCUACUCUUGCCUUUUUGGUACAUUCCUGUGCAACAAUGCGAAGGAGCGAGGAGAAAAACAUACUCAAGAAAGGACGUGUUCUGUCUGGUCUCUGCUGCGGGCAGCAAACAAAGCCUUCAAAAACCUGCUUUACUCCUCCCAAUCAGAAACUGUGCUGUAUCCCGUGUGUCAUGUCCGUAAUUUAAUGCUCUGGAGUGCUGUUUACCUGCCAUGUUCUUCCCCCUCCACCCCUGCGGAUGACACCUGUGCCCCUUACCCAGUUCCAGGCUCCAGCCCUGAAGAUCAGUCUCUGGGCAGGCUACCAAAGACAAGAUCGUUUGACAAUCUGACAAUGGCCUGCGACAGCAACAUGCCUACAACUAACCGACGUAGUAGUGAUCCCAGCCUAAAUGAAAAGUGGCAAGAGCACCGUAGGUCCUUGGAGCUGAGCAGCCUUGGCAACCCAGGGGAUGAUCCAUUUGAUGAGGACAGCCUGAGCAAACAAGGCAGGGCUCUUGUUGGAGCAGAGCUUUCAGUUGCAGCGGGCGUGGCAGAGGGACAGAUGGAGAACAUUUUGCAGGAGGCCACCAAAGAGGAUGUUGGUCUGGAGGAGCUCUUGAGGGGUACCCUAGAGACAACAGGCAAAGAGGAUGUGGAUGAGGUUAUCCUGGGUAAGGAGAACAGAGCUGAAAAUUUUGAUGGGUAUAUUGAUGGCCUCUGUGAGAAGACUGAGGUGGAUACAGAUACGUUAAUAAACAAUCCAGUGUCCAAUCCACAUCCAGUUUCACAAGGUUCUUCUGAGCUUAAAGGACAACAGGAGGAGCCUAUGGAUUUCAGUAACGGUAUCCAGAAGUUACCUCAGAUGAAAGGACUACAGACUGUCCCCUUGGAGAGUACUGUAAGUAGUGACAUUCAGAAGAAUGUGGAGGAAGGUGUUAGUAGACUUCAUAUAGAAGCAGAGAGCCCUUAUAGUACUCCAGAGUCCAGCCCUCCAUUGCCCAUCACAAUCCAACAUGCGGCAAAAACAUCCAACAUGGAAAGUUCUACUGAAACUUUAACAGAGAUUGGAGCAAAGCAAGAGCUGAUUCAGAAAGGCCCUUGCCAUGGACCUUGUCUGAUGGACAACAAUGCUGAGGAACUUUUUCAAACGACUGAAAACAGACCUGAGGGGGAAAACAUGAUAGAGCUACACAGACUGGGAACAAAAGUAAACAGGACUUCUAACAGCAGCAACACACACAGCUCAAUGCCUUCCCCUUGUGCCUUGCCUUUAGCUGAAUGUAAAGAUGAGAUUGUGUGUAAUGGGGAGCUGGAGACUGAGAACAUGGUGACAGAGAAACCUGCAGCAUUUAGUAUUACCCAGAAAAACCCUGCAGCAAAUGGACACUGUAUGAAUGGAGAGGAUGAUAGGAUCAAAGCCUCUCUGAGGCGGCAGGUCUCUACAGCUAGUUGUAGCUCUGCCCAGUUUCACUUGAGGAACUUGCACCAUAAGUGGGUGCAUGGCCAUUCUGGGAGGCAACAGACAGUUAGCAGCCCAGACCAACCCACCAGGAGCCACUUGGAUGAUGAUGGGAUGCCAAUCUACACCGAUGUUAUCCAGCAGCGCCUGCGUCAGAUCGAAACUGGGCAUCAGCAGGAAGUGGAGAUAUUGAAGAAGCAAGUGCAGGAGUUGAGGAGCCGGUUGGAGAGCCAGUACCUGAAUAGCUCACUACGUUUCAGUGGUGAUUAUGGGGACGAAGUGACUUCAAUACCCGACUCGGAAAGCAAUCUGGAUCAGAACUGCUUGUCUCGCUGCAGCACAGAGAUUUUCUCUGAAGCCAGCUGGGAGCAGGUGGAUAAACAGGACACAGAGGUGACUCGAUGGCUUCCAGACCACCUAGCUGCACACUGCUAUGGCUGUGACAGUACAUUCUGGCUUGCCAGCAGGAAGCACCACUGCAGGGACAUUGAACGUGUUGAUCAAACCUGGAAUUGUGGGAAUGUGUUUUGCUCCAGUUGCUGUAACCAGAAGGUGCCAGUUCCCAGUCAACAGCUCUUUGAACCCAGCAGAGUCUGCAAAUCUUGCUACAGCAGCUUGCAUCCCAGUAGUUCCAGCCUUGACCUUGAACUGGAUAAACCCAUUGCUGCCUCUUCAAAUUGAAGCUCCAGCCUAGAAGGAAGGGUGAAAGAGGCCAUGCUGACUCUUCUCCUAAACAGACAUGCUUGGUGGGCAGAGGCUGGUGGGACUGGAGAAGCCGUGCACUUUGGAGUUUGGGCAUGGAUCACUGCUCAGAGGGACAGAACUCCAGGACAUACCACUGGAUUGUGGAAUUCUUCUUUUCCAGCUAUUCCCCCCUUUCCUUUUUAUCCUGUUAGUGGGGGGUGUGUGAGUGUGUGUGUGUGUGUGUGUAUAUAAUUUUUUUGUUUGUUUUUGUUUUUCUGGAAGACUGGGGAAGUGGGAAAGGGGCUGGGACCAGGUCUCCCUCAUGCUUCUAGCUGCGCCACUGUUGAACCGUGCUGCAGACAGACGUCUCAGUUUUAUGGAGGAAAGGAGAGGAGGGGAAUCAGUCCAGAGGCAGAGUGGGAAUACCUGUAGUGUUAGUGCUAGUGCUUUCAGUCACUCCUAUUACUUCCAAACAAGAAACUGCUGUUUGGGAACCUGUUGCUGCUAGAAAAAAUGGGACUCUCUUUCCCAAGCAAGCACUCUCCCUCUGUUCUUAGAGCGGGUUUAGUUAGCCUCACGGCAUGAAAGGGGAAUCAGUCGCCCACUACCAUACUCAGCGGCUCUGUAUUUACAUAUGUAAUCCACGUGUUUUCUUGCUGUUAGCCAAGCCGGCUGUGGCUUUGAGUGGAAACACCUGGGCACCUCUGGCAAAGGAAGGUGUGUGCUUGUUUGAGGGAAGUGAAAGGGAAGGGCAUCGAACGGCUUCCUGUUCAGGACUGGUUUUACACUGGUGUAACGUUCUGGAAAUGUAACUCAUCAUAAAGAAAGCCGUGUUGGGGAAAUGAGGAGACCUUUAAACUACUACCCUUGUCCCAUUUUUUUAGAAUCGUUGAUCCAGAAUGCAGAGCUGGUUCGUUGAUCGGGCACUCGCUGUGGUGCAUUCAAACAUAGACUGAAUGUCACACUGAUGAUCAAACUCACACUUUAAUGAGAGAUUUCAAAGCAACUGUGAUAUCUUGCUGAGUAAAAUUUCAUUGGCCUGAGGCUGCCAGUCAGUGAAAGUAAGUGCAUUGAUGCUUGUCAUGUCUGUGGCACAUUUCCUCCUUUUCAUUCUGUGAUCUGUAUGCUCUAGACAUGAUAAUCCUGAUCAAGCAUCUAAUCAAGAACCAAAACAAAUCAUGGAUUUCCCCCCCUAAUUUGAAAGCAAUUUUUUAAAUCACCUCAUUAAAUUGUGAGUCUCUUGGAUAUCUAUUUCUAAAUGAGAACAGUUGGUACCCACACGUACCCUUUUCCUUUUGAUACAGUAUGCAUAAUGCAGUUUGGAAAAGGAAGAAAAGUACUUUAUAAUGUAUAAUAUAUUGUCUAGGGUAAGCUGUGACAGCUUCUACUUCUGACAUGUUCAAGCAGAACAAAUUCCCUUGGAGUAUGUAAAAGUUUUUGAGUACAAAGGUGCAAGGAAUUAUAAUGGGUCUUGGGCUAGAGGGGUACUUGCCUUCAGUAGAACAUCAAAAUGACAACUCCUAGAGUGAAUUUCAUAAAGAGAGAAGCAUCUCUGAAUACCUGGUAGAACCUUAGGGGAAAGACUUGUCAAGAUAUUUUAUUCUUGAUGCCUGAACUUUCCACACUGCUUCAGUGUAAGCUGAAGAUUUACAAGAUGAAAAUGAAUGUUCCAAGAUACUGGUUUAGCAUAGAUAUGCUUAGCGGGCAGGAUGUCUGGUGACAAUGCUCUUUGGCUCCUCCCUGGUACAUGUUUUGAAACACUUGGAAAUCAUCAGCAGGGGAAGAGCAAAGAAAAAUCUAGGGUCUCCAAUUUGAGUUUUAUCAAAAAUGAAUUAUUCCUGUGAAAAUGCAGUAAAAAUCCUGACUAGAACUGCUACAGCGGUUACAGUUCCUGGUACAGCUGAGAAGGUUGCAACAGAAACCAGGGUAAUAUACAGCUCCUAUCUCGCUGGCUUUUCCUUUGAGGCUGGUGGUUAGAAGCUUGACCUGAGUGGACAUGGUGUAGUUCUACACAUUAACAUUGUGUCAUUUUGUGGUGCAGAGUCAGGAAUAAGUCAGACUCUGCAGUUCCUAAUGACAGGUGCCAAGAGGUUAUGAUACGGGUUUUUUGGGUAUGUGAUAUAUAGUGUGAAUAAAUGCUUGCAGCUCUUAGUCUUUUUUGAUCAAUGAAGCACUUUUUUAUUAAUAUUAUUUUUCUUUGUAUGUAAAGGGGGAACCAAGAUCUCUCCAUAGCUGUAUAUAUAACCCUUCUCUCCUAAGGAGGAGUAAAGUGCUCCUAUAUUUUUCAUUUUUGUCAAAGCAAGAAGUAAAUACUUUAGAAUUGUUAAAUAUAUAAAUAAAGGUGAAUAAAGUUUAGAGUUUUGCAUGGGA